AUGGAUUUAAAAUCAAAAGAACAACUUGAAAAAAUGUACGAACAAAUGCAACAAGUUGCUUUCGAACCUGAAAGCAAUGAAAUAUCACAUCAAUGGGAUGAUGAAAUAAACUCCCAUUGGAAUGAUACACCCCAAAAUGAUGAAAAAUCCUGGAAUGAUGAUCGACCCACCUAUACGGUCGAUUCAGAAGAAUUCAAAAAAUUCGAAGAAGAAAAUUCUUCAAAUAGUAACAGUAACCAAACCGUAGAGGAGAAUCGAUCAAAUGAUUCUUCUCAAGAUACGCUUGUUAAAUCAAACAUAAAAUACCAAAUAGAAUUAACUUUGUUAAUUCUAAUGAUUAUUCUGGCUCCUUUUUCAUUUAUUUUUGUAUGGAUUCUCGGAGGUCUUCUACUUCUCCGAAUAAAAAUCUUUAUAUUAAAAUUGCGGCUGGCUGAUGGAGAUUAUACCACAACGAUGAACCCUUUUAAAAUUUUAUUCAGUCAAUCGACAAUUAACUCAUCUUUUCGAAACAGCAGAAACAUAGAAGAAACCAUUAUUGAGCUUGUUAAUGAUAGUAUUCGAAUCGAAGAUUUCCCGCAUAUUCAAGUCUGUAUUAUCGAUGAUAUGAUUUUCUCUUCGGAUAAUCGUCGGCUUUAUGUAUUCCAAGAGGCAAUUCGAAGGGGAUUAAAAGUUGAUAAAAUUCCAAUUCGAGUUCGACGAUCAACAGAUUUGAAUAUUAAAUGGAAAAUGGAAGGCUCAUAUAAAAUUGUUCAAAAUGAUAAUUUUAAAGAUAUAAUUGUGAGCCAAUAUGCAAGAAACGGAAGAGUUAUAGAUAAAGAGGAGUUCUGGGAUUUUAGUUCUAAUUAUUACAUGUAA